CUCCACUAAUCCAAACAGUCAAACAAGGAAGCUGGUUUGGGAAAACUUUUUAGAUCCUGAUAGGGUCCGAACGUCCUUAAAAUUUAGAUCUAUUAAUCUAGACUCUAGACCUAGUCUAGAUCUGUAUAAUCUUGAUCACAUCACUCAGAAGGAAGCUCUAAUCUAUCAACUGAAGUAAUCAAUAACUAAAUUACAAGGAUAACAAUGUAAAAAACCAGCUUGAUCAAAUACUUCAUUAGCUUGGAAAGGCUUAAGGUUUUAGUCAAAACUAAUGAUGGCUGCAUGUAUGCCAGAAGAAAGCUGGCAGACAUUUCUAGAAUCAUCUCUUUAUGAUGUACCACUCCAUGCUUUAAGAAAUUCAGUUUGUCACAGACUUGCUCUUUAUCUAGACAUUGAAGAUGUAGUCAUGCAUAAUGGAUAUAUUCCUAACUAUGGUGGUUUGGCAGAGUUAAUUGGCUUUUCAGGAUUAGAAAUUAUGGAAUUUGAAAGGGCCAAAUCUCCAACACAAGCUUUAUUACUGGAAUGGAAGUCACGACCUGAUUUAAAACCUAAAAUUGGCAAGUUGGUGGAGUUUCUUUUUCAACUUGAUAGAAUUGACGUUUUAACUGAUUGUCAUCAAGCAAUUAACGAUGAAGCUAAGUUAUUUAUUGAUAAAGAGUCAAAGGCAUUGUUAAAACCUAUUCAGGAUGAAACAGUGACACCUGGACCAGGCUCAGAAACUCCACCAUACAUUACCAGACAAGAUGUAUUGACAGGUAAAAAGACUUACUAUGAUGCUUACAUCUGCUAUAAUCCUAUUGGAGAGUCAUCAAAAGAUCUAGAAUUUGUUCGUGAGCUCAUUUCAAGAUUUGAAUCUGACAAAUAUCGCUUUACUCUCUUUGUUCCAUUUAGAGAUGAUCUGCCAGGAAUGAAUGAACAUGCAAUUAAUGCCAAAAUAAUUUCUGAAAGGUGUCGACACAUGAUAGUUGUUUUAAGUAAAAACUUUCUACAAAGUGAAGCUUGUGAGUUUCAGAGCACAUUUGCACAGUCUCUUUCACCAGGUGCAAGAAACAAACGUAUUGUUCCAAUCAAAAUAGAGGAUUGUGUCAUUCCGAACAUUUUGAGAAUUAUGGCUUGUUGUGACUUUACUAAAAAAGAUCUCUGGGAUUGGUCAUGGGAUAGAUUAGCAAGGUCUAUCACAGCACAACUUGCCACAGAAGAUUUUCAAUCUUAUCAGUCUUCAAGUGAAAGUACUUCAGGUUUUUCCAGAGGUUACAGCAGCAUGUCAUCUCUCCAACAAUCUAAUUCACCAAGGUCAUCAUCGCCUGACUCAGGAAUCAGUGUAAUACAAAACCACACUGUACCUAUUGCUACCGCCAGUGGAUCUACGCCCAGCAUGAGUCCUUUCAAGAAGAUAACAGAAAAGUUAAGCAAAAACAAAUCUCGAGACAAAUCUAAAAUGGCAACAGCACAAUUUUAACACUGGUAUAUUAAUAAUGAACUAUUUGUAAUAAUUAAGCAAUGUCAUGUAUAUUUUUCUUAAAACAUAAAAUAAUGUAUCAUUUUUAAAAGUGUGGAUAAACUUUCUUAUUUAUUUGAAUUCACUUCUUGUUUUUAGGAGGCAGCUGUUUACACCAAUAGUGAUCUGCCACUUCAAAAGUUUCAUUUUUGCUUGAAUAGGUUAAAUACAAAGAAAUGGUUGCUAAAAUUAUAUAUUUUUUUAUAAGAUGAAAACAGAAUGUAAGGAAAAAGUAGUCAUUAAAUGGAGCUAGCGUUGUACCAAUUUAAAACUAUUUCUAAAGUUGUGAAUCAUUUAGAAGGCUGAAUUUAAAUUUGUUUCCCUUUGGCUUAAUGUGUUCAUUCCAAGAGUUUUGAUCAAAAUAAUAGACUACUUCCUGUUAGAUCUAUUUACUUUUGAUUGAAAUAAUUGAGUACCUCCUGUUAGAUCUAUUUACUUUUGACAGGAGUAAUAAUUCCAUCACUCUCAUCCCCUAGAUUCAUAUUUUUGUUUUUGCCUUAUAAAGCUAUGAAGCAAAAAACAGCAGAAAGAAACAUUUGGAAUGAGAAAGUACUUACUUUCCAGUUUCUCCAUGCAGCAUAAGCCUCCAAGUAUUGUUUCAUCUACAAAAUGUCUGCAUUCACAAAGAGAAUGUCAUGUCAAGCUGUCUAGUCUUCUCUUACUAGAAAGUUUGUUUAUAAAUAUUGAAAACUUUUGCAGCAUUGCUUGGUCUUAUGGUGACCUAUGACAUAAUUGUUCCUAUUUUAUUUAACCCUAAAACUGUUACAGACAGACCACAAAAAAACUAUUAGCAGCCCAAGCGGGGGCACUAACAAAGGUAUUCAUAAAUUAAAAAUUACACUGCAAUUCAUAAAUAUUCAUUACUUUCAGUUUUUGUUUUAAGAAUCUCUAAAAAAGAAUGAUUUCAAUUUGCUCUUACAAACUCUACUCUCGCAUUUUUCUCUACCUUCAAAACCUUUUUCGGUCUAUCAGAGGAACAAGGAGAAGAUUGGCAUUCCAUUUUUUUUUUUUAAUUAAAAUUGUUUCCUUAAAAUUCAUUUUGUUUGAAUGUCCUAUACACCCUGUAUUGCAUGAGUACUUAUCUAAUUAAAGUCAAUUACAUGGAAAGGGUUUUACAAUUUGUACAUACAGCAUUCACAAAUAAACUUUCAUUUUGGAUUUAGAUCUGAUUUGAAUACAAAGACUUUUCAGUGACAAGAGUUAUGAACUUUCAAUAUCUUUCGAAAUAAAAUUUUAUAUACAUGA